CGCACCAUUCUUCAGAAUAAAAAAUGCGCCAGAACUGUGCAGUCAAUAAGGUAACUUUUGUGCCCGUUUCAUUUUAUUACUACAGGUAUGAGGCCGGUAACAUCAACAGUGAGGACAAACCCAGCCCUCUCUCCUUCUGCACUGAGUCCAAACCUACAGUCACUGGGUCCUGAUUGUGACAGUGGAGCCCAGUUUGCACUGCAGGGUCCAGAGAUGGCAUCAGUGAAGUUGGAGGACUGCAGUCAAACACUGGAGCUGAAUGUCAACAUUAAAGAUGAAGAAGAGGAGGAGAAGAUUGGGAAAUCUGUUUCUUAUGUACUUGCCGACUCUGGUAUGAGGCCGGUAACCUCAACAGUGAGGACAAACGCAGGCCUCUCUCCUUCCACACUGACUCCAAACCUACAGUCACUGGGUUCUGAUUGUGACAGUGGAGCCCAGUUUGCACUGGAGGAUCCAGAGAUGGCAUCAGUGAAGCUGGAAGACUGCAGUCAAACACUGGAGCUGAAUGUCAACAUUAAAGAUGAAGAAGAGGAGGAGAAGAUUGGGAAAUCUGUUUCUCAUGGACGACUAGAAUUAAGUCUGGGAACAUCAGUGAAGUUGGAAGACUGCAGUCAAACACUGGAGCUGAAUGUUGACAUUAAAGAUGAAGAAGAGGAGGAGAAGAUUGGGACAUAUGUUUCUCAUGGAAACCAUGGUGCCACAUUCUCUACAUCCAGAGAGCAACAGCAGGAAGAUCACAGAGCUAAGAGGUCUCACCACUGCCCACAUUGUGAGGAGAUCUUCCCAUCACUAUCAAAGCUAAAAAUACACCUAAAGAUACACACAGGAGAGAAUCUGUAUUCCUUCACUGACUCUGGGAAAAGAUGCACAACAUCAGGGGCUCUGACAGUUCAUCAGCGAGCACACACAGGAGAGAAGCCUUUCUCCUGCUCUGACUGCGGGAAGAGUUUCUCUCAAUUGGCUUUCUUAAAAAUACAUGAACGUAUACAUACAGGAGAGAAGCCUUACUCCUGCUCUGACUGUGGGGUGAGUUUCUCUCGACUGGAUGCCUUACAAACACACCAACGUAUACAUACAGGAGAGAAGCCUUACUCCUGCUCUGACUGUGGAAAGAUGUUCUCUCAACUGGGCCACUUGAAAAGACAUAAACAUACACAUACAGGAGUGAAACCUUAUUCCUGCUCUGACUGUGUAAAAUGCUUCAUAACAUCAACUGAGCUAAAACUUCAUCAGAGAACACACACAGGAGAGAAGCCUUACUCCUGCUCUGACUGCGGGAAGACUUUCUCUCAAUUGGCUUUCUUAAAAAUACAUGAACGUAUACAUACAGGAGUGAAGCCUUACUCCUGCUUUGACUGUGGAAAUAUUUUCUCUCAACUGGCCCACUUGAAAAGACAUGAACAUAUACAUACAGGAGUGAAGCCGUACUCCUGCUCUGGAUGUGUAAAAUGCUUCAUAACAUCAACUGAACUAAAAGUUCAUCAGCGAACACACACAGGAGAGAAGCCUUACUCCUGCUCUGACUGUGGGAAGAGUUUCUCUCGAAUAGGUCUCUUAAAAACACAUGAACGUGUACAUAGAGGAGAGAAGCCUUACCACUGACCUGACUGUAGAAAAUGUUUUGAAACAACAGCUGAGCUGAAAGGUCAAGAGGGAACCUUACUUUUGCUCUUAAUGUGGCAAGAGUAACUCAAGUGAUAGUCACCAAGUAAAAUACUACUUGAGGAAAAGUAUUUGGUUGUAAAUAUACUUAAUUAUCAAAAGUAAAAGUAUGCAUAAUUUCCAAUUCCUUAAAUUACCCCUACGGGAUGGGUGUCCCUAAACUGGGACGGUUGUAGCUAAGGUGUGCUAGUCUGACUAGAUUGACGUUGUAUACAACAGCCAUCUUUCUGGGACAUAGACAUAUCUUAUAUGGGCAGAAAGCUUAAAUUUUUGUUUAUCAAUCUGCAGUGUCCAAUUAACAGUAGCUAAUACAGUGAAAAAAGACCAUGCUAUUGUUUGAAGAGAGUGCACAACAACAAACUUAUCUCGCAAAUGAUUUGAUACAUUAUUUACUUUCAGAGGUGAAUGUAUUUUCAUUCAGUCAUAUUGCUCUGAUUUGUCAUCCUGAGGGUCCCACAGAUAAAAUGUAGCGUAGUUUCGUCUAAUAAAAUCCAUUUUUAUGUUCAAAUGUAGGAACUGGUUCUACUGGUUUUGGACACCAAUUUGGCGUUUUUUUAAAUGUAUUUUUUACACCUUUUAUUUAACGAGGCAAGUCAGUUAAGAACCCAUUCUUAUUUUCAAUGACGGCCUAGGAAUGGUGGGUUAACUGCCUUGUUCAGGGGCAGAAUGACAGAUUUUCACCUUGUCAGCUCGGGAGAUUCAAUCUUGCAACCUUACAGUUAACUAGUCCAAUGCUCUAACCACCUGCCUCUCAUUGCACUCCACGAGGAGACUGCCUGUUACGCAAAUGAAGUAAGCCAAGGUAAGUUGCUAGCUGGCAUUACACUUCUCUUAUAAAAAACAAUCAUUAUCAAUCAACUACACAUGGUUGAUAUUACUAGUUUAUCUAGCUUGUCCUGCAUUGCAUAUAAUCGAUGCGGUGCGUAUCGUUGCUCCAAUGUGUACCUAACCAUGAACAUCAAUGCCUUUCUUAUUAAAAUCAAUACACAGAAGUAUAUAUUUUUAAACCUGCAUAUUUAGCUAAAAGAAAUCCAGGUUAGCAGGCAAUAUUAACCAGGUGAAAUUGUGUCACUUCUCUCGCGUUCAUUGCACGCGGAGUCAGUGUAUAUGCAACAGUUUGGGCCGCCUAAUUUUCCAGAAUUUUACGUAAUUAUGACAAAACAUUGAAUGCUGUGCAAAUGUAACAGGAAUAUUUAGACUAAUGGAUCUCAUCCCUUAGAUAAAAUACGGAAAGGUUCCGUAUUUCACUGAAAGAAUAAACCUCUUGUUUUCGAGAUGAUAGUUUCCGGAUUCGACCAUAUUAAUGACCCAAGGCUCGUAUUUCUGUGUGUUAUUAUGUUAGAACUAAGUCUAUGAUUUGAUAGAGCAGUCUGACUGUGCGGUGGUAGGCAGCAGCAGGCUCGUAAGCAUUCAUUCAAACAGCACUUUCGUGUGUUUUGCCAGCAGCUCUUUGUUGUGCAUCAAGCGUUGCGCUGUUUAUGGCUUCAAGCCUAUCAACUCCCGAGAGGAGGCUGGUGUAACCGAUGUGAAAUGGCUAGCUAGAUAGCGGGUGCACACUAAUAGCAUUUCAAAAGUCACUCGCUCUGAGACUUGGAGUGGUUGUUCCCCUUGCUCUGCAUGGCAAACGCUGCUUCGAGGGUGGCUGUUGUCGUUGUGUUCCUGGUUCGAGCCCAGGGAGGAGCGAGGAGAGGGACGGAAGCUAUACUGUUACACUGGCAAUACUAAAGUGCCUAUAAGAACAUCCAAUAGUCAAAAGUUAAUGAAAUACAAAUGGUAUAGAGAGAAAUAGUCCUAUAAUUCCUAUAAUAACUACAACCUAAAAUGUCUUACCUGGGAAUAUUGAAGACUCAUGUUAAAAGGAACCACCAGCUUUCAUAUGUUCUCAUGUUCUGAGCAAGGAACUUAAACGUUAUCUUUCUUACAUGGCACAUAUUACACUUUUACUUUCUUCUCCGACACUUUGUUUUUGCAUUAUUUAAACCAAAUUUAACCUGUUUCAUUUAUUGUUUGAGGCUAAAUUGAUUUUAUUGAUGUAUUAUAUUAAGUUAAAAUAAGUGUUCAUUCCAGUAUUGUUGUCAUUGUCAAUAUUACAAAUACAUUUGUAAAAAUCGGCCGAUUAAUCCGUAUUGGCUUUUUUUGGUCCUGCAAUAAUCGGUAUUGGCGUUGAAAAAUCAUAAUCGGUCGACCUCUACUUGAAACAGUGCAGUAAUGUAAUUCCUCACUGGAUCAGUCAAACUGAGCACACACUGCUGCCACCUGGUGGCCAAAAUCUAAAUUACACCUAGACUCCUAUCUGAAAGUAUGGCCUUUCUCUUGCAUUUCAAAGAUGAUGAAAAAUAAACUUUUUUUGUUUGUAUUAUCUUUUACCGGAUCUAAUGUGGUAUUCUCCUACAUUGUUUAAAAAAAAUAUUACGGAUAGCCAGGGGCACACUACAUCACUGACAUAAUUUUAAAAUGAAGCAUUUGUGUUUAGUGAGUUCACCAGAUCAGGGGCAGUAGGGAUGACCAGGGAUGUUAUGUUGCUAAGUGUGUGAAUUGGACCAUUUUCUGUACUGCUAAUCAUAAAAAAUAUAACGAGAACUUUUGGGUGUCAGGGAAAAUGUAUGGAGUAAAAAGUACAUCAUUUUCUUCAGGAAUGUAGUGAAAUAAAAAUGGUCAAAAAUAUAAAUAGCCAAGUGAAAUAACAAUACCCCCCAAAAUCGACUGAAUUCGUUCUUUAAAUCAUUUUUACUUCAGUACUUUACACCACUGCCUGCAUUCAUGCCGUGUGUCAGCAUUGCAGGGUGGUGGUGUGAUGGCGUGGAGUGUGUUUUCAGGGCACACAUUGGGCCCCUUGAUAAAAGUUGAGCAAUGUUUGAAUGCCACAUGAUAUCUAAACAUCAUUGUCAAUCAGGUGCAUCCCUUCAUGUCAGCAGUAUAUCCAUUUGCAAAUGGAUUCUUUCAGCAGGAUUAUGCCCCAAGAAUUGUCCAGGAAUGGUUCCAAGAACAUUAUAGAGAAUUCAGCUUACUGUGGGAGGAGAUGGAACGAGCUAUUCAGAGUAGAGAUCCACUCCCAGCCAACUUGAUACGAUUGUAGGAAGCAUUGGAGUCAACAUGGGCCAGCAUCCCUGUGGAACGCUCUCAACACCUUGGACAGUCCAUGCCGUGACGAUUUGAGGCUGUUCUGAGGACAAAGGGGGUGCAACUCCAUAUUAGGAAGGUGUUCCUGAUGUUUUGUACUCCGUGUAUAUCAGAUAAAGAUGGUGUGAUGAUCAGUUUUUAGCAUUAGUUUGGGUAGAUUAUUUUAUAUUACUAAACAACUUUGUUUAAUGGUAAACAGGCUAUGAAUCGACUACUUGUGUUUAUUAAAUUGUAUUUUAAUACUA